AAAGGAGGCUGGUUGGCCAUGACCAAAGGAGGCGGAACAGGCCUGGUGAUGGUCCAGUGGGCUGGAACUAUAGGACUCCCAGCCAGUAAGAAUUAUUUAACAAAAGGACAAGGUCCAGGGGAUAAGAGAAGUUGUUGAUAGUACCUGGUCAUAGUUGGGGAGUGGGGUAGGCAGAUUCCGUUAAAAGCAGGAAGUUAGACUACACAGUUCUCAGCCACUUCAGAAGAGUCAGCGCCAUGGGUGUUUGGUUGAAACUGAUCUUCCUACUACUGUUGCUGCUUCUGCUGGUUGGCCUGAGGCAGCCCCCGUGGCCAGCAGCUAUGGCCCUGGCCCUGCGUUGGAUCCUGGGAGAUCCCACAUGCUUCGUGAUGGUAGGCUUGGCAUUUCUGGCCAAACCCUGGAUGGGCUCCUGGAUGCCCCACUGGCUGAGUAUGGUAGCUGUGGCUCUCACAUUAGCUCUGUUGCCCCCACAACUACCCCCGGGACUACGAUGGCUACACAAGGAUGUGGCCUACACAGUCAAGAUGCUCUCCUGUGCCUUGAAAAUUAGACAACUCUUUAACAAGCAGCCUCCAGAGACCUUUGUGGAUGCUUUGGAGCGGCAAGCACGGGCACGGCCUGACCAGUUGGCCUUGGUGUGUACAGGCCCUGGGGCCGGCUCCAUCACCAACAGCCAGUUGAAUGACAGGGCCUGCCAGGCAGCAUGGGCCCUGGAAGCAAUGCUGAAGGAUGCCAAGAGCCAGAAGGACAGAGACAUUGUCGCUCUCUUAGCACUCCCUUCCAAGAACAUUCCAGCUUUGACUGUGUUUCUGGGGUUGGCCAAGCUAGGCUGCCCUGUGGCCUGGAUCAACCCUCAUGGCCGUGGGAUGCCCCUGCUACACAGUGUGCUGAGUUCUGAGGCCAGUGUGCUCAUUGUGGACCCGGAUCUCCAGGAGAACCUGGAAGAAAUCCUUCCCAAGCUGUUAGCAGAGAACAUCUGCUGCUUCUACCUUGGCCACAGCUCACCCACUCCAGGUGUGCAGUCUCUGGGGGCUGCGCUGGAUGCUGCCCCUUGUGACCCGGUGCCUGCCAACCUUCGAGCUAAGAUCCAUUGGAGAAGUCCUGCCUUAUUCAUCUAUACUUCAGGAACCACUGGACUCCCAAAGCCAGCCAUCAUCUCACACGAGCGAGCCUUAUACAUGAGCAAAUUAGCAUCGUUCUGUGGGGCCACAGCUGAUGAUGUGGUCUAUGUUGUUUUACCUAUGUACCAUGUGAGUGGCCUUGUCCUCGGAGUCUUGGGCUGCAUAGAGCUUGGAGCCACCUGUGUCCUGGCCCCCAAGUUCUCUGCCUCCCGCUUCUGGGCUGACUGUCGGCAGCACCGUGUAACAGUGAUCCAGUAUGUGGGUGAGGUUCUGCGAUACCUGUGUAAUGUUCCCUCGCAACCAGAAGACAAGAAGCAUACAGUCCACUUGGCAAUGGGCAAUGGACUUCGGGAAGAUGUGUGGGAAACCUUCCAGCAACGCUUUGGUCCCAUUCAGAUCUGGGAAUUCUACGGCUCCACAGAAGGCAACAUGGGCUUAAUGAACUAUGUGGGGCGCUGCGGGGCUGUGGGCAAGACCAACUGCUUCCUUCGAAUGCUGAGUCCCUUUGAGCUUGUCCAGUUUGACAUGGAGAUGGCAGAGCCUUUGAGGGACAAACAGGGUUUGUGCAUCCCUGUGAGGCCAGGGGAGGCAGGACUCCUAUUGACCAAGGUACUGAAGAGCCAACCCUUUCUGGGCUACCGUGGUUCCCAGGAACAGUCCAAGCGGAAACUGGUAACUGAUGUGCGGCGCAUAGGAGACCUCUACUACAAUACUGGCGAUGUACUGUCCUUGGACAGUGAAGGCUUCUUGUACUUCCGGGACCGCCUGGGUGAUACCUUCCGGUGGAAGGGUGAAAAUGUGUCCACGAGAGAGGUGGAGGGAGUGUUGUUAAGCUUAGACUUCCUACAGGAAGUCAAUGUCUAUGGCGUGCCUGUGCCAGGGUGCGAAGGAAAGGUCGGCAUGGCCGCUGUGAAACUGGCUUCUGGACAUAGUUUUGAUGGGCAGAAGCUGUACCAGCAUGUCCAUUCCUGGCUCCCUGCUUAUGCCACACCUCAUUUCAUCCGUAUCCAGAACUCCUUGGAGGUCACAAGCACCUUCAAGCUGGUGAAGUUACAACUGGUGCGUGAGGGGUUUGAUGUGGGAGUCAUUGCUGACCCCUUGUACAUACUGGACAACAGGAACCAGACCUUCCAGACUCUAACGCCAGACACGUACAAGGCUGUGUGUGAAGGAAAGUGGAAGCUAUGACCUCCUCUCCAACUGAAGGGCUAUCCAGAAGUGUGGGAAUCGACACUGGCCAGGGUUCUCACUGCCAACGUCACAAAGUUGUCAGGAUCCCAGAUGCCCGUGGCAUCGUAUCACGUAGAGAAUAAACUUGAAUGUGUA